CGUACUGACAGCACCAGUCAGCAAACAUAUUCUGAUUUUUCGCAGUGUUCUGAUUGUUUUGUAGUUUUUCUCCGAGGUAGAAUUAUAUCCGUCCCUAUUAUUUGUGCUGGAACGAUGCUACGAAAAUUUGAUCGGAUAGCUCUACUUAGGAGGAAGACUCCUGCAGCGGUAAAAAAGUGGGUUAGCACCUGGUCCCCUCUUACUACGGCCUUCAAUACCAGACCUGAGAAGCGAAUCAAUUUCACAAAGAAUGAAGUUGGACUGUUUAGUAUACCGGAACUCACCGGGUAUGAGGGUUUCUUUGUGCUGAAGGAAAAAGCAAUCUUCAAGACGGAGGAUCUCAUAGAAGAAGCAACGUCAGCGCAGCGGAAGCGUAAGAUGGUAACCAUUUUCGACGAGCUUUCGGAUACCCUUUGUAAGGUGGCCGAUUUGUCCGAAUUCAUUCGCUUAGCGCACCCGCAGAGCAAAUACAGUCAAGCGGCCGAAGAUGCUUGCAUUACCAUCAGCGGGAUCGUAGAAAAACUAAAUACUCAUAAAAAGCUGUAUAAGGCCUUGAAGCAGGUAGUGGAUCAACAUGACCUGAUGGAAACGACUGAUGUCGAUAAACAUGUGGCCGAAUUGUUCCUGUUUGACUUUGAACAAUGCGGUAUUCACCUUAAAGAGAAUGAUCGCAAGAAGGUUGUCUUUCUGAACGACUGCAUCCUUCAGUUGGGUCAGAAAUUCAUGGCUGGGGCUGUCCAUCCCAGAACCAUAAAGAAAAGUGUUCUGCCAGAGGCGAUAAGGCCCUUUUUUUCGACCGAUGGAGAUAAUAUCCUGGUCUCCGGUUUGUACGCUGAUUCUGCCAACAACAUGGCGAGAGAAGCAGCAUACAGACUAUUCUUGUACCCUGAUCAGCACCAGGAACAGCUUUUGUCAGAACUUCUGAAAUCGCGGCAUGAGUUAGCAGUGACCUGUGGGUUUCAAACGUACGCCCAUAGAGCGUUGAAGGCCAGUACUGUGGAGACACCGGAAAUGGUAAACGAAUUUCUGCAAACCCUCAACGAGGCACUAAAACCUCGAGCCGCUCGCGAUUUUGCAUUAAUGCAAAAAAUGAAAAACGCUGAAAAUCGUUUCGAAUCCCCGUUGGCAACGUGGGACACACCAUACUUCACAUCCACUCUUAAGAAGCGUUGUCUACAGGCAUCUGCCUCAGAAUUUUCACCUUACUUCAGUUUGGGAGCUUGCAUGGAAGGUCUCAAUCUGCUGAUGAACAGUCUCUACGGAAUCAGUCUGGAAAAUACUGAAAUGGAACCGGGUGAGAGCUGGUCUCAUGACAUUUAUAAACUAGCCGUAACGCAUGAAUCAGAAGGCUUACUCGGAUACAUUUACUGUGAUCUAUUUGAGCGUGCCGGAAAACCCAACCAAGACUGCCAUUUCACAAUCCAGGGUGGCAAAAUAAUGCCCGACGGAUCCUAUCAGAAUCCAAUAGUUGUAGUCAUGCUGAAUCUACCUCAACCCCGCUGGUCUGGACCAACCCUUUUGACGCCUUCCAUGGUGGACAACUUAUUUCACGAAAUGGGCCACGCCAUGCACUCGAUGUUAGCCCGUACCGAGUAUCAACACGUCACCGGAACGCGUUGCAGCACAGAUUUUGCCGAAGUUCCGUCAGUCCUCAUGGAAUACUUUGCAAGUGAUCCUCGUGUCCUGCGGACCUUCGCCAAACACUUCCAAACUCAGGAACCUAUGCCCGAAGAAAUGCUCGAACGGUUAUGCGCCUCGAAGCAUCUUUUCUCAUCCAGUGAAACACAACUCCAAGUAUUCUACUCAGCACUGGAUCAGGUUUACCACGGAGAUUCCUCCCUUUAUCAAUCGAACACCACAGAAACGCUACGGUCAGUUCAGGAACAGUUUUACGGACUACCUUAUGUGGAGAACACGGCCUGGCAGCUGCGUUUCUCCCAUUUGGUGGGUUACGGCGCCAAAUACUAUUCCUAUUUAAUUUCGCGAGCUGUUGCCUCGUGGAUCUGGCAGACUUACUUCGAGAAGGAUCCCCUCAGUCGGAGUCAAGGUGAAAAGUACCGGCGAGGAUGUUUGGCAUACGGGGGCGGAAUCCCCAGCAGACUGUUGGUUUCGAACUUCCUCGGGCGGGAAGUGACGCCUGCAAAUCUGACCAAAAGUUUGAUUAACGAAAUCGACGGCUACAGUGAACAGUUGAAGGACUACGAGAAGCAUAUUCGAUGAAACGAUUGUGAAAUGUAAUUAGGUUCAGGAUAUUGAGUUUUGACUAAUUGAGGGAUAUUUGCAAGUAAUAAACGUAAUAUUUCUCUAUAAAGAAGGACUGCAAGUUCUAACCUUUCAAUUCAAUGA